UCGCUUGGAGCGCGGGCCGGUGCCGCGCAGGGUCCCGAGAUGCUGCGAGCCGCGAGCCGCCGCCCCGGGCCGCCCCCCGGUCAGGUGGCCGCUGCGUCCCCGCUCCUGCUGCUACUACUGCUGUCUUGCGCAGACAGCUGCGGAGGUGCUCCAAUAUUGCCUCAAGGAUUACAGCUGGAACAAGAAUUACAGUUGUGGAAUGAGAUAGAUGAUGCUUGUUCGUCUUUCCUGUCCAUGGAUCCUCUGCCUCAGGCAUCCAAUGCAUUGAAGGAGCUUUGCUUCAUAAUUAUGGGGACUCUACCAAAGCCCCAGGAAACAGAUGAAAAAGAUAAUACCAAAAGGUUCUUAUUUCAUUAUUCGAAGACACAAAAGUUGGGCAAUUCAAAUGCUGUGUCGUCUGUCCUGCAUCCGCUGCUGCAGCUUGUUCCACAACUGCAUGAGAGAAGAAUGAAGAGGUUCAAAGUGGACGAAGAAUUCCAAGGUCCUAUUACAGGCCAAAGUAGAAGAUUCUUUUUAUUCAGGCCACGCAAUGGAAGAAGGUCAGAAGGUUACAUUUAAAAUGAGUCCCUGAAUUUCACUUCUUGUCAACCCACGUGAAGAACAUGAGAAAGAAGGAGCAGAAGAGAACAAAAAGUAUAUUCUUUAAAAAAAUGAAUUGCCUUGAUGAGAUGCGGACUUGAGACAGAGAAUGUUGCCAGAGCUGCUCCAGGUCUUUGCUCAAAACCUGCCAACCCCCACUUUUAGCAAGAGUUAACAUAAAUCUUUAAAGUCCAGAAAUAAAAAAGGAAGCUACAAACAAACAAACAAAAACCAGAUGGAACCAGCUAGGACCAAGAUGGUGACAGAUCUGACCUCCAACAGACCCUGAAUCUCAUUAUAUGCUGAUUUUACUACAUUAGCAUAUUAAAUGACACACCUACUGGUGGCCAAGACUGGAUAUUAAGGACCAAAAAAGGAUAAAAAGGGGUGGCACUCCAUUCCCUUGGAAAAAACUCUGCCUCUUCCCCAGUAGACUAAUGCAUAUGCCUCCCCAUCAUUAACCUCACUCCUCCUCCCUUUGUCAUUACUCUUUA